AUGGCUGAUACUUUUAGCAAGAUUGUGGAAGAACAGGAGCUACCAUAUACAUUAAUAAACGUCAUUGGCGGUCCAGAUGGAGUUUAUGAAGACCACGUAGAGUUUCUGGAAAAACAUCUUAAACUUGUCACCAUGCAGGAAUAUCUGAAAAACAAGCAAGUGCUUAGUGAAAAAAUCCAAGCAAUAUUUAUGUGGGCCCAUAAACCUGAGGCUACCAGGGAUCUUUUAGAAGACCUACCUAAUUUAAAAGUGAUUGCAGUCUCUGGUGUAGGAAUAGACCACCUUGAUUUAAAACUGAUCUUCAGCUUUGGUAUAAAAGUAACUAAUACACCUUUUGAAGUGACCAAUGCAACAGCAGAUAUAGGGAUGGCUUUAAUGCUGGCUUCUGCUAGAAGGAUUGUGGAAGGUUAUCAGAUUGCAGUUUCCCCUGACACUAACUAUUUUAAUGUCAACUGGUUGGGACAAGAAAUAACUGGUUCAACUCUAGGAAUCAUUGGAAUGGGCAGGAUUGGUUACAAGGUGGCCCAAAGAGCUAAAGCUUUUGAGAUGAAAAUUCUUUAUCAUAACAGAAACCAAAGAAAUGAGGCAGAUGAGCAGGCUGUUGGUGCAGUUUAUUGCCAGAAGAUGGAAGAUUUACUUCAACAAGCUGACUUUGUGAUGUUGACUGUGAAUCUGACCCCUCAGACAUGCAAGUUGAUUGGGAGAAAGGAACUAGAACUCAUGAAGCCCACUGCCACUCUUGUCAACAUCUGUAGAGGUCAAGUGAUUGAUCAAGAUGCACUGCUGAAGGCCCUCCAAAUGAAAACAAUUAAGGCUGCAGCUUUGGAUGUAACGUAUCCAGAGCCACUACCAAGAGAUCAUGCUUUAUUGCAUUUAAAGAAUGUCAUCAUAACACCCCAUGUUGGAUCUGCAACUUCACAAGCCCGCCGCCAUAUGAUGAAAAGUAUGGUUGAAAAUAUUCUGGCUGCUGUAAAUGGCCUCCCGGUCCCUCAUGAAGUCCAUGAGUAA